UUACAGUAUGUUUUAGAAUUAGAGAUCAUUUGUACAGUUAUGCCAAUGAGCAUAAUUUUUUACAUGUGAUAAAGUUUACUGUGUGAGUAAGACUGAGUUGCAUUAAACACACGAUCAACAAAGGGCUGCCUAGAUACUUGAAGUGGCUACCUUUAUAAUGACAAGUGGGAACGUUCAAAACGAAGACGCAACUGUCUAAGACACAAUCAAAUUCAGAAGCCAUUUGCUCAAAAGCAAGUUAUCGAUCAUUGUCAAGGGAAAGCAUCGCUGAGACAAUCUUGAUUUGAAGGUUUUAGCACAGCACAAGGGAGCAACUCAUAAACAGAAGCGAUUCCAGCAAUGAGUUUGCCAAAGAAGAUCCCUGUGUAGAACCGCUCAUUCAGAUGAGGAUUCAAAUAGCCUUUAUGAAUUUGCCUCAUUCUGAGUUUUUGAAAGGUGUUUAUCGUCAGUUGGAGCAUUCUGGACAGCCUAACUAUAUAAAGUUGAAGUUGCAACGAGUGUCUUGGUAAAAAUCAGGAGAAAUGGAGGUCGAAAUACCAAUGAAGAUUGAAGGUACUGACAUUAUGAAUGAUGAUGGAGCAGGAAAGAAAAAACGCCGUAAUAUGUUUGAUGUUGGCCCUGAAGGUCAAAUUUCAAGGAGGGAAGAUGAUGAUUUGCCACUGUAUGAUGAUGGAAAGGGCCAAAUCGUUGCUGGUCCAGGUGCGGGUGGCUUGCAGCCAAGGCCAUCUGAAGCAAAAAGAGCAUUGCCCAAAUUAACAAGACCACAAGAGGAAGCUCUGGCUAAGGCCAAGAGAUAUGCAAUGGAAAUGUCUGUACAGCAUGUCCUCAACAAGCAAAAAGUAGUGCAAGUGGAGCAGAUGACUACCCUCCAGACCAAUGCACAAAGGCAGAGAGCAUUGGCACUGAUGUGCAGGAUAUAUGUUGGCAGUAUAAACUUUGAGCUGAAAGAAGAUAGCAUUCGCUCUUCGUUCAUUCCAUUUGGACCAAUAAAAAAGAUAGACAUGUCAUGGGACCCAACAACGAUGAAGCAUAAGGGAUUUGCUUUCGUCGAAUACGAAUUACCAGAGGCUGCACAGCUGGCGUUGGAACAAAUGAAUGGAGCUCUUUUGGGUGGCAGGAAUGCCAAAGUUGGCCGACCAAGUAAUGUGCCUCAGGCUGCUCCCUGGAUUGAACAGAUUCUUGAAGAAGCACGCCAGUAUGCUCGGAUAUAUGUGUCAUCGAUUCACCCAGACCUUACUGAAAAUGAUAUUAAAAGUGUAUUUGAAGCAUUUGGAAGGGUAAAGGACUGCAGCCUAACCCCAGAUAACGUAACUGGUAAGCAUAAAGGGUACGGUUUUGUCGAAUACGAAACCCACCAAUCAGCAACAGAUGCCAUUGCCUCGAUGAAUCUUUUUGAUCUUGGUGGGCAGUACCUAAGAGUAGGAAGGGCGAUAACGCCGCCAGCGAAUGCAGCAACGACUGGUCCACUACCUACUGCUGCAGCUUUGGCAGCAGCGGCUGUGUCAGCGAAAAUUCAGGCACAAGAAGCCGCUGCCUUAGGAGUACCCGUCGUUCCAACAGGCCCUACGGUCAUCACCUCGGUCGCAGGUGUUCCCAUGGCAAUCCCAGCCUCGUCUCUCGGUGUUGGUUCCCCACUAGGAUCGAUAACAACAGCAGUAUCCACGAACAUCACUGCCUUUUUGGGGGCUGGCAUAGCUCCUGUGUCAGAAGCACAAAUGACUGCACAGCCACAAGCAGUGGCUCAAAGCCCACCAACUAGUUCCCAGAAGACUUCACAGAAGAGUAAUAGUUCUAAGAACGGUCACGGAAGUGGUGACAUGACAGCAUCUUUAGUCGCACAAGCUUCUAAGCACGCUGACGUAAAGGCGAAGAUAGAAAUGUUGGGCGACGAUGUAAGCGCAAAAGCCAGUGAGCAGAAUUUAAGUCGGGAAGAAGAUAUGAAAAUUUCCGGCAAAGAAGCGAGAUAUAUCAUGAUGCAAAAGCUAUCACGUCAGAGUAGGUCCAAAGUACUGGUGUUACGAAACAUGGUUUCUGUGGAGGACAUUGAUGACGACCUCGAGAUGGAAGUGACCGAUGAAUGUCGAAAGUUCGGCGAAGUCAAUCGAGUCAUUAUUUAUCAAGAAAAGCAAGGAGAAGAGGAAGAUGCUGCGGUAGUGGUCAAAGUUUUCGUCGAGUUCAAUGAGCCUGAAGAGGCAGAAAAAGCGCAGUCAGUUUUCAAUGGUCGAUGGUUUGGCGGAAAUUGUAUCAUUGGAGAAAUUUAUGACGAGGAAAAGUUCAAUGCGGGUGAUUUCUUUGGUUAGAUUGUAGAUUUCUACUCACACAGUCGACAGAUGAAGAGCUUUCACUUCCCGCUGCAAGGGAGCACAUUCGUGAUGAUAUAACGGGGGUAGAUGUAGUUUAUGUAAAUAUUAGGGUUUGUAUGAUGCGCCUGAGAGCAGCAAGAUUUGCUAUUCCAUAUAGAAAGACAUUGGACUUUCAAGUUUCCAAUGUUGGACGGCAAGAAAACGACUGUGUAAAGAUGAGAAGGACUAGUUCGAAUCAAGGCUACGGAGAAGUCAUGGGAAACUGUAGUUGCAUCGAAACCUUUGAGGAGGACUAUUAUGCAGCUCCUGUUGGAGUUUUUACCUCACGUGUAUAUUUGCAGCGUCGAUUGUGAACUUGUUUCAACCAUUAUUAUGCAUAUGUUGAAUGCAGUUUUUAAAGGACCUAACUGAGAAAGGCUACCUGACUCAAUCAGUUUUUGAUAACCUCACUAUUACAUUGUUGUCGACUAAUCGAAGUUACAACAAGUAAGGUGUUCUAAUUUAUAGUUUCUAGAAUAUUGCUUGAAAAGCAUUGAAAUGUUGCAGAGUUGCGAGUUAACUUCUAGGCCUGCUUGUUUCAAAACCGGAUAGCGUGUAGCUUAUAAACAAA